CAUUGCAACCAAAGUCACUCAACAGAACGCCUGCUACAUUUCCAUCAUGAACAAAAGCGAGAUGCCCCGCUUUGAUAACCUGGCUCACCUGGCUGAACAGAGCAGGAACCAGUUUGGUCAUGGAAGACCUACCAAGAAGAUCACCUUUGUCGCCAAUGGAUUGGUCAGCAACCUCAGGUCUUAUGGGUCAGAUGUCUUCUCCAUGUGCAGUGGACUCACCACCUACAUGGCUUAUGAAGUUCAUGGAGUCCAAGUCAAUCUGGGAUCAUGCAUUACCCUCGAUGUCCUGGGCGUUGUGGAUCUGAAGUACUGCACUGGCAAUGGCAAUGGACAAUCUCAGCAGAUUCCCGGGGACAUCUUCAACAACAACACGCAAGGCGGCAUCAUCAACCACACUCAAGUCAUCAUUGGGGGCCAGUCCCAAAUUGUGACCAUCAACAGGCAAUGGCGUGUGGCCAUCAUUGAGCAAAAGACCUUCAGUGGGUCCUGGAAAACCAUCUGGAACUACAACACGGGUGUCAUUGCAACCAAAGUCACUCAACAGAACGCCUGCUACAUUUCCAUCAUGAACAAAAGCGAGAUGCCCCGCUUUGAUAACCUGGCUCACCUGGCUGAACAGAGCAGGAAUCAGAUUGGUUUUGGAAGUUCUACCAAGAAGAUCACCUUUGUUGCCAGUGCAUUGGUGAACAACCUCAGGUCUUAUGGGUCAGAUGUCUUCUCCAUGUGCAGUGGACUCACCACCUACAUGGCUUAUGAAGUUCAUGCUGUGCAAGGACCCCAGUUGAACCUGGGAUCAUGUAUUACCCUCGAUGUCCUGGGAGUUGUGGAUCUGAAGUACUGCACUGGUAAUUUCCAUGGCAAUGGACAGUCUCAGCAGACAGGUAACAACUGCCAUUUCUCUGGUGCCUGUGUUUUCCAAAACAUGACCCUCAGCAGUCAAACACGUGAGGUGAUUAUUGAGCAGAGGAGUGAGCAGUUCUCCUGGAAAACCAUCUGGAACUACAACUCGGGCAUCAUUGCAACCAAAGUGGUGCAAGAGAGAACGUGCUACAUUUCCACCAUGAACAGAAAUGAGAUGCCCACCUUUGAUGCUCUCAUCAGAUAUGCUUCAGAGAACAAGAACCAGGUUGGCCUUGGAAGACCUACCAAGAAGAUCACCUUUGUCACCAAUGGAUUGGUCAACAACCUCAUGUCUUAUGGGUCAGAUGUCUUCGCCAUGUGCAGUGGACUCACCACCUACAUGGCUUAUGAAGUUCAUGGACCCCAAGUGAAUCAGGGAUCAUGUAUCUCACUUGAUGCCCUCAAACUUGUGAAUCUGAAUUACUGUGGUGGCAAUAUCAAGGCCUGAAAACCUUACCUUUCUUCAAUCAAGAACAGAGGAUCCGAGCUGCUGCCCAAGGCAAACCCUGGUGCAAUCCUUCCCUCACAUCUCCUUUUAGAGAUGGUCUUGGGGAUUUAGUGCUGACACAGAUCAACUGGUGACCACAUCUUUCAA